GACGCGUGCCACCGUGGCGGGCGUGCACCAACGGUGAAAAAGCAGACCAACAUCUCGACCGCCGCCACAUUGUCGCUGCCCUCAUAAUAGAACGCUUCCUUCAACGUUAUCGAGGGUUUGACAUGUUGCUAUUCGGCUGACCGCAACAGAAUCGCUCGACUGAAACGGACGCCAGGGGGCAGUGGCCGAUCCAGGCCACGCUCUCAACAUGAAGUUCUUUAUUGACGACUUGCCUGUUCUCUUUCCCUACCCUCGAAUUUAUCCCGAACAAUAUGCGUACAUGUGCGACCUUAAAAGGACCCUCGAUGCUGGGGGUCACUGCGUCCUUGAAAUGCCUUCAGGAACCGGCAAGACCGUUUCGUUACUGUCCCUCAUCGUGGCGUACCAACAACACUACCCCGAGCAUCGCAAGCUCAUCUACUGCUCCCGUACCAUGUCAGAAAUCGAGAAGGCUCUGGCUGAGUUGAGAGCUCUUAUGAAAUACCGGGCUAAGGAGCUUGGUUUCAUCGAGGACUUUCGGGGCUUGGGCUUGACCAGCAGAAAGAAUCUGUGCCUACACCCUUCCGUCAAGCGGGAGAAGAGCGGCGCGGUCGUCGACGCAAGGUGUCGAAGUUUGACGGCUGGCUUCGUAAGAGAGAAAAAAGAGCGAGGAGAAGAUGUCGAGGUCUGUGUCUAUCAUGAUAAUUUGGAUCUCCUCGAGCCGCACAACCUGGUCCCUCCUGGGGUGUUUACUCUGGAUGAACUCAUAAGGUAUGGUGAAGAUCAUAAGCAGUGCCCCUACUUCUCAGCCCGGCGUAUGAUGCCGUUCUGCAACGUCAUCAUCUAUUCCUACCACUAUCUCCUCGACCCCAAAAUUGCGGAACGUGUCUCAAAAGAGCUGUCCAAGGAUUGUAUAGUUGUCUUCGACGAAGCCCACAAUAUUGACAACGUCUGUAUCGAGUCAUUGUCCAUUGAUUUGACCGAAGACUCACUGAGGAAGGCUACUCGCGGGGCAAACAACUUGGAAAGGAAGAUUGAGGAGAUGAAGGCGUCCGACGAGGAAAAGCUUCAGAAUGAAUACCAGAAGCUCGUGGAAGGCUUGAGAGAAGCAGACGAAGCUCGAGCGGAGGAUGCCUUCAUGGCCAAUCCUACUUUACCCGACGAUCUUUUGAAGGAAGCUGUCCCUGGCAAUAUCCGUCGAGCCGAGCAUUUUGUGGCAUUUCUCAAACGCUUUAUCGAGUAUCUCAAGACGCGAAUGAAAGUUCUGUAUGUCAUUCAGGAAACUGCUCCCUCGUUCCUCGCACAUCUCAAAGAGUUGACGUUCAUUGAACGCAAGCCACUGCGGUUCUGUGCUGAACGAUUGACAUCACUUGUCCGCACCUUGGAAUUGACGAACAUCGAAGACUACCAGCCGUUACAAGAGGUCGCGACCUUUGCCACGCUUGUUGCAACAUACGAAACCGGAUUCCUUCUGAUUCUGGAGCCCUUCGAGACGGAGCAAGCGACAGUCCCCAACCCGAUCUUGCACUUCGCAUGCCUCGAUGCCUCGAUUGCGAUCAAGCCUGUUUUCGAACGAUUUUCGUCUGUCAUCAUCACUUCGGGGACCAUUUCGCCCUUGGAGAUGUACCCAAGGAUGCUCAAUUUCAGCACCGUCACACAAGAGUCAUACCCAAUGUCACUUGCAAGACGAUCUUUCCUGCCGAUGAUCGUUACCCGUGGCUCUGAUCAACAAUCUAUAACAUCCGGCUUUCAAUCCCGGUCCGAUCCAGGUGUGGUACGGAAUUAUGGCGCUUUACUGUACGAAUUUGCAAAGAUCACCCCGGACGGCAUCGUCGUCUUCUUUCCCUCCUAUCUUUACAUGGAAAUGAUCAUCAGCAUGUGGCAGGGGAUGGGUAUCCUGGACCAAAUCUGGACAUACAAGUUGAUUCUGGUAGAAACGCCGGAUGCCCAAGAGACUAGUCUGGCAUUGGAGACGUACCGCACUGCGUGUGAAAAUGGCAAAGGCGCGAUUUUGCUCUGUGUCGCUCGCGGCAAGGUGUCUGAAGGGAUCGACUUUGAUCAUCAUUAUGGACGUACUGUGCUUUGCAUGGGAGCACCUUUCCAGUACACGGAAUCGAGGAUCUUGAAGGCACGUCUGGAGUUUCUGCGAGAGAAUUACAGAAUUAAGGAGCAAGACUUCUUAUCCUUCGACGCUAUGCGACAUGCGGCCCAAUGCCUAGGGCGAGUCCUGCGCGGGAAAGACGAUUAUGGUAUAAUGGUGUUGGCAGACCGUCGAUUUCAGAAGAAACGGACCCAAUUACCUCGAUGGAUCGCGGAAGAAAUUACUGAUGCUCAGACCGGGUUGAGCACCGAUGCCGCUGUGGGGAUGGCAAAGAAGUUCUUAAGAAGCAUAGCUCAGCCGCUAGGACCUGGGCAGAAAUUAACUGACGGCUCGACCAAAGGUAAAGACAGUUGGGACCUGAAGGAGCUGGAAAACUUCCAGAAAGAGCAACAGGCGAGACGAGGCGAAGGCGAUGUGGGAAGAGAAGAUGCAACAAUGCACGAUUACAUGCACAGUGAGGUGAAUGGGGCUCCAGUGCAGAACGGUACCAAUGGUCAUGUCGGUGGCCUAGACGAGUUUGAUGAGGUUAUUGCUGACGAGGAACUGCUGAUGGCAGAAGCAAUGGUCGUGGAAUGAAGGAAACGAUAUGAUUCCUGGUCCACAUUGCAGGUUGGCAGAGUCAUUUCUCGGCUUCUCCAGCCCAGCUGUGCUUCAGCUUCUUGAUUAUGGCUUGAACAGGCCACCCGGUUCUCUUUUGACUGUCAAGAAGGUGGUUUACCAAUUCCCGUCUAGCAUCAUCUCUCGACAGCCACUGUGCGCCUACAGUUUCACAAAUCAGCUCCGUCCUCUUAGCCACCAGAAAAACUCACUGUAGCAUAUUGGUCCAUAUGAGUUUACAACAACAGGGUCGCUAUUGGCAGAAAAAGCCAUUCCACAUAUGGCCCGGGCGUGGGCUUCAAAGUCCACGGGACUUCCGGUGUGCAGAUCUAGGAGGAUCUGCGCGACAUGCCAGUAUUGCAUGGCCGCGACUGGAGUUGGUCAGGUCACGAACGGAAACGCAGCGGACAAACUUACCGUGGCAAUCCUCAACCAUCUGGAUCUUUGGCAGUACACCUUCGUGGGACUCAUGGUAAGGCUGGAAUGGUACAGACAAAUUCCAAGCACUGAUGGCUGACUGUAAGUCGACGAGAAGUUCCGAACCAUCCGCAAAGGCGGCGUUUAUGACGCGGGCCAACAGGAUCGUGAUUUGGUUUGCGUAGUCAUCAUCGCGACACAGCUCGAUGUCUAUUGCUCCGACUUCGAUCUUCAAGGGACACCGAUUGAUGAGCGAGAAGGUGAUAUCUUCGCGGAGGUAAUUCCAUAAGCCGGCCCUCAGCAGUGGUUCGUCCGGAAGGCUACAAGACAACGACGGUAUCAAUGAGAAUGCCCCAAAAAGAUGUCGAUUGGGAUCUUCCUCCUCUGACCAAGAUCAGCCAAUAUUAACUCCAAAAUUCUUCCUCUCACCUGCUAGAAUUUCAUACGACCGCAAGAGACAAGUCGCGGCCAAGGCUGUCCCGUCCUUGAUUUCUGGGGAUGUCUCGGUGAUUCCGAUCAACAGCCGCAAGCAGUGGGCAUGAUGCCUUUCUGCCAAAGACUUGGGAACGGCGUGACACGUUCGGCUUUUGUGUAUAGCUGCAAAUGCGAUGACAGCGCUGAGAAGCAAGGAGCUCUGUUGAGCUCUGCUUCCCACAAUUCCUUUGAAGGCUUGCCUGAGGUCGUUAAGGUCAUACCACGGAGCCAGCGUCUUGAGGUAGUGUGCAAAGUAGUGGGCGAUCUCCUCGUUCUGCAGUCUCACACGGGGUUCGUCAAAUCGCUCAACAGAAUUCUGUUCUAUACUGUCUGUGCCCUUUGCGCCAUUCGUUCGCUUGCGCACAUUCUUCUGGCCUUGGAUCUUCAACGGCGCUGUCCGGUCACAC